CGAAAAGUCAUUGAAGUCUGAUUUUAGAAUUGGAAGGGGCUGUACAGAGUUGUGUUUAAUAAUCUGAAAUAUUUAUAGAAAUCCCUUUAGUUUUUAAUUUAUAAAUAGUUUGUUUUAAAUUUUAGUGUUAAUAUUUAAAUAUUAAUCGUAUUAUUUUUGCUUUUUCCUUGUUUGUGACAAGUAUAAACUCGAAGUAACAUAUUGGUAUAGAACGUUCUUUGGGCGUAAAAAGAAAAUGGCGUGUGCUACUCUCAAAAGAAAUUUGGAUUCCACAAUGUCCAUGGCGCAAAUGCCGGCAAAGCGGCGAAGAUGUGCUCAAUUUGCCGCAAGCUCAAGCACAAGUCCCGGAAUAAAAAUGUCUCAAACUUCUGGAAGUUCUGUUUUUGGAGAAACCGUUAGUGCAUCUGCAAAAUAUACCCCAGAGCGUAUGGCACAGGAGCUGUGUGACGAGAUAAUGCGGCUUCGUCGUCGGCGUCAGCUGCGCCUGGCGUCCGGAGCGGCCGCGUCGUGCUCGAGUUCCAGUGGCAGCGAGGGCGACUGCAGCCCGCCCAGGGCACACUCCACCAAGAAGGUCCACCAUCGCGCGCUAUUCACAUUCAAACAGGUCCGUGCGAUCUGCGAACGUAUGCUCCGUGAGCAGGAGGCAGCUCUCCGUGCUGAGUACACCUCUGUCUUGCACACCAAGCUCGACGAACAAUACGCAUCAUUCGUACGGUUCAACAUUGACCAGGUACAGCGCCGACCCCCCGCAAACACAUGUAUGCCACUCGGAAUGGAUGCUGAACAUCACAUGCAUCAAGACCUUGUACCCAGCUAUCUGUCCUAAUAAUAAAGGUAUAAUGUUUGUGUUGUGCUGACACAAAAAAAAUAUCAAGACAAACAUAUUUUGGUAUAUGUGAAUAUUAUAUGCGGGAGUAACGUAGAGUAUCCUAACGAUUCAAUAUGUACAUUGUGAUCAGUGGGACUUGACUGUGAUGUAUAUUGUAAAUGACAAGCCCUACGGUUGCAGUAUUAUAAAAGUAAAGGUUUAAAUUCCAGUCAAUAGUACAGUUGGUCGGGCGCCCGUACCACAUCCAGGAUUACAAUAUCAUGACAGCAAAGUUCCAUGGAGUGUUCAUGCCACAUAAACAUAAAUUAGCUUUUAAUGCUUAGUUAAGAUUUGCUGCAUAAUUGUGUUCAUAGACUGAGAGAUUCAAAAUGUUAAUGAGACUUGGGCUAGCCCCGUUCUGAAAGUACUGGAGGCGGCUGCAGCGGAACAAAUGAACGGUUUGUUUUCUAAAAUGUAUGUGACAGAUACUAUAGUUAGACAUAGAAUAUCUAAUAACACAAAUAAAUUCACACCGAGUGCCUGUUAAGAAUCAUUCUCAUGUGUUGGUUGCGAAUUAGUUAGCCAUAAUUAUUAUUUUUGUUUAAUUAAUUUUUAACUUACUUUAGUGUUGUCGAAAUAUAGCUGUAAUAACUAUAUAAAUUAUAUUUUUAUUUGUCAAGUUUGUACUGUGUUUGGUUUAAUACAGAUUUUCUUAUGACAGAAUGGCCUUUUGUAUCAGACUAAUUGAUAUUCUCUCCUCACUGUUCGCUUUGAUUAUCUGUAAUUAUGUAUGAAAUAAACUACUUGUAUUGUAUUGUUUUACUCUUGAAUGAAACUGAAUCUGAUCCAAGAAGAAGGUAACAGUAGAUGAUGCUAAGUAGCUUUAUUUAAAUUUUUAAGUUAUUUUUUUCUCAGUAAUGUAUUGCUCUGUUUAUUACAUGGCUGAGAUUUCUUUUUAAGCAUUAUUGGGCUUUUUUUACAAUAAUUUAGUUAAACGUUUUAUUGAAUACAAACAGGAUAUAAUUUGUUACCAAGCAUUAUUCAAUAAAAAUUAGGAUAGGUCUUUUUUAAAUUGUAUUAUCAGCUCAUUAGUAGGUUAUUGGCGUUUAAGAACUGAAAAUAAAUUAGCUAAACACCACUAAA